AUGUCUCAGCAUACACCUUGGAGGGAGAAGCGGCUGGCACGUGGUCCCCUCCUUGAUCCACAGAAAGCGGCCAAGGCGGACCGAGAGCGGUUCCGUCGAAGGAAGAUCGAGUCCUACAAACAACUCAACGAUGUCUUCCUAGAUGGCCUACACUCUGGCCGUGAACGCCGCGUCUAUGUUUUGAUCAUGAACAGACCAAAAGGCGCUCAUGGGGCUAUACACUAUUCAACUUACAAUUCCCACCCACGCGAGCUUUGGGUUCCCACUGCCGAAGAAGUUGCUGAGCAUACAUCAAAAAUAGACAAGUGGGACCCUAAAUCAGCCUCUGGCGUCACUCCCGGAGUCCCUGUUAGCACUACUUCAGCAGGGCCUGCACCCUCUGGGGCCUCUGCUAGCUCCGCUUCUGGAGCUGCAACUCCUGGCGCCACUCCGGAGCUCCCGGUACUACUUCAGCAGUGGCUGUACCCUCUUGGGGUUCUGCUAGCUCCGCUUCUGGAGCUGCAGUUCCUGGCAUCACUCCCGGAGCUCCUGUUGGCAUUACUUCAGCAGGACCUGCACCAUCUGGGGCCUCUGGUAGCUCCGCUUCUGGAGCUGCAACUCCUGGCGUCACCCCCGGAGCUCCUGUUAGCACUACUUCAGCAGGGGCUGCACCCUCUGGGGUCUCUGGUAGCUCCGCUUCUGGAGCUGCAGCUCCUGGCGUCACUCCCGGAGCUCCCCUCCGCUUCCGGAGCUGCAACUCCUGGCAUCACUCCCGGAGUCCCUGUUAGCACUGCUUCAGCAGGACCUGCACCUGUAGUUCCUGCUAAUACAACCCUUGAAGUACCAACCACUGGCAUUGCUCCUGGAGUCCCUGUUAGCACUACUCCAGGACCUGCACUUCCCGAGGUCCCUGCCAGUACAAUCCCCAGAGCAACCGCCUCUGGCGACCCUGCACCACCUGCGGCACCUACUCCUGCGAACCCAGGAGCAACUAGUGUCCCUCGUGGCCCUAUAGACUUACAGGCGGCUUAUGUUCAAAAGGUGCCUUUUGACAACACAGGCCAGUUCGUAACUGCCGACGGUGAAGUCGACCACUCUUUGGACACUGACUCUGCGUACGACUCUGAUGAGGAUGCCGUUGAUGCCGAUGAUGCAGAAAUGAGGGAUGUCGGCGACGAGCAGUCACUGAAACUUGACCUAAAAACGCGCAUAAAGUUCUUAAAUAUAAUGGCGAGAUGUGGUGAGCCGCGGCUAUUGGUUCCAAGACUCCAAUCUCUACUGCCCGAGCGUGGAGUGAUGUCUCUCCGGCAACUUCAAAUCUUACUACAUCCAGACAGAUGGGCGCAGAGAUAUCAGGAAAGAGCAAAAGUGGCACACCAAAAUAUACAGAACGCUAUUGAUUCUGGGAUAGGCGCGGACUGGGAGUUCCCGCACGUCGCGGGCUCCGCAACCGCGCGGCCGAAGUUGCGCCGGUUUCAUAGGGAGGCAUAUAAAGAAGCAACUGAAUAUUUAUACACAAUUGCCCAUGUCAUAAUCCUCAAUCCGGAAAGACAAGACGUGCUUAAUCAGGCACAGAAUUAUCUCUACAAUAUUAAUUCAAAGAUAAAAGAGCUAAACGAGGAGAACAGACUCGAUCCGGAUACAGGAACUAUUGACAUGCAAGGAAUAGCAUCAUUUUGGUUCACCAUAAAGGACGAAAAAGAUAAAGACACAAGAAGACGUGCCAGAAAAUCUUUAUCUGAUUUCUGCAGACUUCGUGCUUAUCCUCGUGAAUGGUGGGUGUUCCCUCCAAAAUAUAAACAGCCCGUUCCACCGCAGUCCAUCCCGCCGCAGCCCGUUCCUCCGCAGCCCGUUCCAUCGCAGUCCAUUCCAUCGCAGUCCAAUCCACCCCAGUCCAUUCCGCCCCAAACCGUUCCGCCGCAGCCUGUUCCACCUCAAUCCGUUCCACCGCAGCCCGUUCCGCCGCAGCCCGUUCCGCCACAGCCUACCGCUGCUAAUGGGCAGCUUCAGUCAGUGACUGGGACAAGAAAAGUGAUAGCCUUGGCUCCACGAACAAUCAAACGGAUUUUGGAGCCCGGGAAAACAUCCACAGGAGAAAAAAUAUGUUUCAUUCAGAAGCUUGGAGAAAACCGCGCCAGGUUUGUGGUAGAAGCGUCAGAUGGCGCCAGGCGGCUGGUAGAAAGUUCAGCCGCAGGAGGUUUGCCAGCUAUCGAAGGCGCGAAACAAGCAGGAGUGCGGGAAACAAUUAGAGGAGAACAUGAUAUCGCAACACUCCGCAGUCAGGUAAGGGGCGGAGGAAUUUAUGGUUUGAACUGGGUGGCAGUUGGUGAAUGGGAUCCAAGUCAGAAGAGGCUUCCCUUUGUGGUUGCCGGAUACUAUUAUAAGGACCCGGGAAAUGAAUAUCCCGUUUCCAGGUCUAACUUGGGCAAGAUCCUGUCCGCAAGGCAGGCCGAACGACUAAUCGUGGAAGGAAUAGUGGGCCACCAAAACAUGUCUCUGCGCGAGGCUUUGAUUAGCCAGCUGUCAGGAUUUGGGCAGAUGCAGCAGCCCUAUCCCCCACAGGCACCAUACGGCCAGCACUAUAUUCCCAACCUACAGCCUGCUAUGCAGCAACAUUAUAUCCCCCAGCAACUAUUCCCCUACGGUCAACAGCCUGUACCCAACGUACCGCCUGUUCAGCAGCAACAUUACUUCCCCCAACAACUAGCCCCCCCGAAUAGCCAGCAGGCAAGUUUUGGCUUCCCUUCUCAGCCGCAGCUUGCUUCUGAUCCCCAGCAACAGUACUACCAGCAACAGUACUAUCAGCAACAGAACUAUCAGCAACAACACUACCAGCAACAACCUCUAGCGCAUGUGCCUGUCGGAAUUCCGCCUAUGACUUAUCCGACUAUUCAUACCUAUAACAGUGAUGGCGAGGAAUUAUAG